GACAAAAGCGAGGAAGAGAGACUCAGAGUUACAACUCGGAAAGACGAGCAAAGGAAAGAUGAAGAGGUGGUUCGAUCCAUGGCCCGUUUUCUUCAAGCGAGAAUGGAACCGCAACUGGCCUUUCUUGGUCGGAUUCGCCAUCACCGGAACCAUCAUCACCAAGCACUCUCUCAGCCUCACUGAGGCACAGGCCAAGGAGUCGAAAUUCGUUCAGAGGCAUAACAGGUGAGUAAACCCUAAAUACCGAGUUUUCGCUGUUCAUUUCUAUUAGUAUUUGAUUUCUUUUUUUUUCUGGAAUUGUAAUCGUAAAUUAGCAUUGUGUGUUUGAUUCAUUCAAUGGAUAUCGAAAAACAAGAUUGGUGGAAUCAAAUUCAUUUCUAUGCAACAGUUUAAAUAUCUUUCUUGACUUUGAAAAACUGUUUAGAGAAUAAUCCUUUUAAGACAUUUUUAAAUAGCAAUGUACUGCACUUUCUUAGGAAUUAAAGUCAAGGUUUGUAGUAUCAUGGGUGAUCUGCAGUGAUCUGUUAUUGAUCCUAUUAGCAUUUCAUUCAGGUUUCUUUCCAUCUGUUUAAGGUGUUAGUUAUGAAGACUAAAAAGUAGAAACAGCUUGUUAGGAGAUUUAGCCUCUUGUUUUCAUUCGUAACUUUCCAAAUUUUUUUGAACAAAUUCCUUUCCUUUUUUCACCAUAUUUUGUGGAAAUGUUUUGUGCAUCAGGCAUUUUCCCUCAAUAUAUAUUUGGGAUUUCAAGAUUUUGAUAUCUUUUUGAUUAGUUGUAUGACAAUGAAUUACAAAGAUGAUUUUUCUAAGUGCCACUUGGGGUGUUUAAGAAGAUUACUGCUUGUACUUCCGUUACCUUUUCUUUCUUCUUCUUCUUUUCAUUCUUCUUCCUUUUUUUUUUUUUUUAUUGGUUCUAAUUUGUCACCCAGUUGUUUCUCAAAUCUUUACCUUUUAUCGUUUACUUGUUUAGUUUUAGUCUUGAUUUCCUUAGUUGAUGCUGCAGAUGGUAUGGGAUAGAGAACUUUCUUGUAUCUUUUCAUUGUCUACCAUGUGAUUUUACAAUUAACAAAAAGAAAAAGGAGAA